GGUUCAAUAUUACGAACAUUAUUCUUGGAAUGGACGUAUAAAAUCAAACAGACCUAUUUAAUCGAAAUGUUUACAAGAAACUUUUACCGACUUUCCAAAUAUUUGCGAAAACCUUGUAAUAAAAAUGCUUGUGAACUCAGAAAGCUGCAUAUUUCGGCGGCUUUGUGGUCAAAUCAGUCACCAAGUAGAUUUGAAGAGAAACCAGAAUUUCCAGGUUCCAGGUCAAAGUUCAUCCAUAAAUUGAGCUUUAUUCAACCGGAUGAUAUUGAAGGGAUUCCAGUGUACCGGGUAAUGAACCGGAAAGGUGAAAUCAUAGAAGAGAGUGAAGAUCCUCAUCUGGACAAAGAUACUGUGAUAAAAAUGUACCGUGAUAUGACGUUACUCAACACAAUGGAUAAAAUCUUGUACGAAUCUCAGAGACAAGGUAGAAUCUCAUUCUAUAUGACGAACUUUGGAGAAGAGGGUACCCACAUCGGUUCGGCUGCAGCACUUAGUCUUAAAGAUAUGGUGUUUGGGCAGUACAGAGAGGCAGGUGUAUUAAUGUGGAGAGGAUUUACACUCGACCAGUUCAUGGAUCAGUGUUAUGGUAACUGUAACGAUCACGGUGAGGGGAAACAGAUGCCCGUACACUAUGGCUCAAAGGAGCUCAACUUUGUUACCAUAUCUUCCACACUUGCCACCCAGAUGCCUCAAGCAUCUGGGGCAGCUUAUGCAUUGAAGAGGAAGGGCAAGGAUCUGUGUGUGAUAUGUUACUUUGGAGAAGGGGCUGCCUCGGAGGGUGAUGCUCAUGCAGCAUUCAACUUUGCUGCUACAUUAGAAUGUCCCAUUAUCUUCUUCUGUCGUAACAAUGGUUAUGCUAUUUCAACACCAACGAAGGAUCAAUAUAGAGGAGAUGGUAUAGCAUCUCGUGGUGCGGGGUAUGGUAUGGCGACUAUACGAGUUGACGGGAAUGACGUGUUUGCCACGUAUAACGCUACAAAGGCUGCACGAGAUAUGUGUGUGAAGGAAUGCAGGCCAGUCCUUAUAGAGGCAAUGACCUACAGGUUAGGUCAUCACAGUACAUCAGACGACAGUUCAGCAUAUCGGUCAGUUGACGAGGCAGCGUACUGGGACAAACAGGACACGCCCAUAGCAAGAUUACGAUACUUUAUGAUAAGUAAAGGCUGGUGGGAUGAUAACAAAGAAAAGGAAUGGAAAACAGAAUCUAAACAAAUGGUAAUGGAAACAUUUGCGAGAGCAGAAGCACGGAAGAAGCCAAACCCUGAGCUACUUUUCACAGACGUAUAUAAGAACAUGGAAUGGCAUAUAGAAAAACAACAGAAAGCUAUGAAACAACAUGUGACCAACUAUGCCGAGCAUUAUCCACUGGAUAACUUUGAGAGAUGGAAGGAUUGAUUGGAAUGACUUAAAUUUUAGUGUUUUGAUUUUUGUGAUUAUUAUUUAUGAAAAA